CAUGGAUUUGUUUUGCCUGUAAUUUUAUCUUAUCGCAAAUUCUGCCGUGAUUUCCGCAUUCAAAUUCAAAAGUUACAUUUUAUAAUGUCUUAUUAAGUUCUUCUCAGUUCCCAGCCACGAUGGAACAACUUUACGCGCUCGGUGUAUCUGCCAUAGAAGUGAUACAAGUAUGGUUCGCCGACUACGAAGGCUAUCUAGAGAUGGUGAAUGACGUCUUCAACCCGAACCACAUGCUGGAGAUUCUAUUUCCCGUUGUAUCCAUCGUGGACUCCGUAUUCGCUGCCCAGCUGGUCCUGUGCAUGGCCUUUGGAAACUGGCUUAACGCUGUCAUGAAAUGGUGGCUGGUAGAAGACAGACCAUACUGGUGGAUCAGAGAGACAGACUUCUACACGGGGGGGCGGAGGCCUAUCCUCAAACAGUUCAGGCAGACCUGCGAGACAGGGCCUGGGUGUCCGUCCGGUCACUCGGAGACUGCCGCCAUACUGCUCAUACUCACAAUAUGCUGGGUGUCUCAUCUCAUGAAUGAUAGAAAGUGUUACGUGUGGUGGUGGAAGUACGUGAUGUACCCUGUCUGCGCCGCAUCGCUGCUGAGCGUGAUGCUGGCGAGACUGUUCAUAGCCGUGCACUUCCCACAUCAGGUCCUCGCCGGCGCGCUAGUUGGCGGGUUCCUCGCCCCGGCGCUAUGCAUCUACGUGACUGACCCGUACAUAUGGCAGUACGGGGUCCACGUAGAGUACGGGGUGGGUAAGACCAUGGCCUGGCAUGUGGCCAGUGUGGUCACCAUCAUUGCCAUCAGCGGGGUCACGUACUACGGUUUAGUGCUGUGCGGGUUUGAUCCGCAAUGGACUAUUAAAUUGGCUUUCCGCUGGUGUGAGUCUCCACAAAACAUCCAUGUGACCACGACGCCCAUGUUCGCCCUGGCCCACUCCACCGGUUACCUGCUGGGCUGGGCGCUCACUGUCACCCCCUCAGUCGCACAGUACCGUCACUAUACAAAGUCUCGAUCGCUGAUAAUUUCAGCUUUCACAACUACCCUCAUUUACUACACGUUUAAAUGUCUUCAAGACAACGUGAACAAAGAACACGCGUUACUUUUCUACUUCCAAAUAUUUCUCCUCUGUGCUUUAAAGGUACCGUUUCUGCUGCGAGUGGGCCCUGCAGUUGCUAUGCUACCGUAUUCUAAGGUUAAAAAAGAUUAGAUAGAUAAUUUGAUUAGACAAAUUGCACAGUCUUAUUUGAUAAAAACAUGGCCUCAAAUUACGGUGAUUGGGCCAUAACCAAUGAGGGCCUUUCCAGCUUCAUCAUCAUCAGCCCCUUAACGUCCCCACUGCUGGGGCACGGGCCUUCCCUAUAGAUGGAUGGAUAGGUAGAUCGGGCCUUAAACCACCACGCGGGCCCAGUGCGGAUUGGUGGUUAUUAACGACUGCUAAUGCAGCCGGGACCAACGGCUUACCGUGCCUUCCGAAGCACGGAGGAGCUCGAGAUGAAAACUUUUUUUUUGUGGUCACCCAUCCUAUGACCGGCCUCUGCGAAAGUUGCUUUACGUCAACAAUCGCAGACCGAGCGCGUUUACCGCUGCGCCACCGAGCUCCUAUAUAACCGAAUAACUCAAUACUCAGUAAUUAAUACUAUAACACAGCAUUUAACAACAUUUUAUUACGUUUUUUUUUUGUAACAUCUGUCACACUGCAUUUAUGGCAAAUAACGAAUCUUAUCUUAUCUUAAAAAUAUGCUGUCAAUAAAAAGUUAUGGCUAAAUGAAAAAACUACAUUUUUGACAUUUUUGUACGGAAAUAUCUUCAACCAUGUACAGUCACGAGCAAUAUAAUGUACCCACUUUAGGACUCUGUCGCACUAACAUAUUUGACAUUUAGUGAGGCUUACAGUUCAGUUUGUCAAAAAAGUUAAUGUGACAUGGUACCAAAGUGUAUACAUAUUAUUGCUCGUGACCGUACCAUGGACCGCAGUUGAAAGAACGCUUGACUCUAACUGUGAGGUUACAGGUUCAAAUCCCAUUUUCGAAUUCAUUUUAUAAAUAAAAAUCACAUAGAUGGCGUUGUCCAGUUUAGGAACUUGUAUUGUUAUAAACCAUAGCCUUUUUUUUUCAAUAUUGUUUCUGUCCAACAGGCAAAGGGAACAUAGCCCAUACAGCCAGUAAACCAUAGCCUAAAAAAUAAUCAUAGCAAAAAAAACAGUUUGUAGCAGCGAGAUCUUCAUUUAGAGCGGUACAUAGAGUUCAAAACUUACAUACAUACAUACAUACAUACAUAAACUCACGCCCAUAAUCCCAAAUGGGGUGGGCAGAGCCACAAGUAAUCAAAGACAACUUGCAGCCACUGUUGAUACGAAGUCCUAAGAUGGAUAUGAUGAACCUUACGGUGAUAAGGGAUCAGCCUAUCGCCCAUAACAUUAGUCCAUUAUGUUAGAGGACGCAAUCCCUCUGUCGGUUUUUACGACAUGCCCGGGAAGACAAGCAGCUGAACGUGUUCUAUGUUUUUUAUUUGCUCCCAGAACAGCAUAGAAGCUCAAAACUUCAAAGUCCAUAAAAAAAACUUUAUGGCCGAAGAGAAUAUCAACACUUCAUAGUUUUUUUAAUGGUCCGCUAACAGUACUGUCAGCAUUCUAAACUCCACAACGCCAUCUAUAACCGUUGGUCCCGGUUACUAUUUACUGAUGUAAGUGAGUUAUCGUUACAUGAGCCAUGUCAUGGGCCUUUGGCGGCUCAAUCAUAACCCUGACAACAGGGUUGAUGGGGGUUGGUAAUCCACCUCACAACCCACACGAUAGAAGAAGAUCUGGAAUGUCGCUCAUUGCUGGAUUCAUAGACUAAGUCUAACUUUUUAUGCCUCAAAUUAGGAGACAGGAAACAACUCGCCCAUAAAACGUACUGGGGCAGGCAGGGCCUUAUCAUGCUCAUAAUUUAUUUAUUGCACACUGACAAAUUGAUUAAGUACGUAGUAUUUUUUCACGUGAUAUUCGUACAUGACAGGUUAAUGGCCAAAAAUAUGAUUUUAGUAUUAAGUUUAACAUUGUUUGAGGUUCACGCGGUUAUAAUUAAUUAUCAUAAUUAAAACAUAUAAUGGUGCUGAUUACUAUAAAACAUAUAUUGACGUGUGUUCCAUAAAUUUUAUGCUUGUCGAUUACCCGUCCCUUUCUUUUUCGGCGGAUAAGAAAGUGACAAAUAUAACUUAAAUAAAAUUAGAUGGUGUCUACAGGAAUUAGCACCAUGAUGUGUUAAAAUAGGUUUGUUUUUUUUUUCUAAUAGGCAUAGAAUAAUGAAUACCUAAAUGAUAAAAAUGUCCGGUAUUGAAUGUGUUCCUCUAGUUAUUAAAUAACUUGUAAUGUACCCUUUGAUUUAAAAGAUGUGUUGCUGUUGCAGUUUCUUGUCAUUUCUCCUCAGCCAUAACACCUUGCGAAAUGACGUAAAUUCAAAAAUGUAACAUUGACCUUCAACAAGUUUAUCCAUGAUAAUUACGUUGAAUAAAAUGAUUCUGAUUUCUGUAACUCCCCGCCCCCCGCCAUUUCGUACCGGGCGCCUACCUCACCCCCUCUGGGUCUUACUUUAGUCUUAAAUGGCCGUAAACCAUCAAGCUUACUCGUGUCGGUGCGGGGCGAGGAAUGUCCCUUCUCUACGUAAUUCUAUGCCUGCUGCAGUGACGAUGUGUUCUAAGGUGAGACACGCUUACCUACCAAAUGCCUAUAACCUAUACGCACUAGCUUCGACCACCGUGAUAUUUUGCUAUUAUAAAUCUUUACAAAACUAGUUACCAAUUGUUUAAGUUUACGCGGUUAUUAUCAUAAUUAAAACACAUACCUACCUACCCUACCUACUCCACUCCAAUCUCAUCAGUCAUCCCGUGAUCAUGGCAUUUGCAACAGUGUCGAAAUAUCGGGAGUCUCAUAUCGCCAUUUUAAACGCGGUAAGAACCCGUUAUUAUGUGUUUUAAUUAGUUAGCAAUUGAGGGUAAAAAAUAGAAGCUCAAAUGUAGGUGGCAGCACUGUUGAGUGCUCCUAAAUUUUGACAGUUCAUCAACACCAGCCCAUUAACGUCCCCACUGCAGGGGCACGGGCCUUCCCUAUGGAUGGAUAGGGAGAUCGGGCCUUAAACCACCACGCGGGCCCAGUGCGGAUUGGUGGUUAUUAACGACUGCUAAUGCAGCCGAGACCAACGGCUUAACGUUCCUUCCGAAGCACGGAGGAGCUCGAGAUGAUAACUUUUUUUUUGUGGUCGCCCAUCCUAUGACCGGCCUUUGCGAAAGUUGCUUAACUUCGCAGACCGUUUACCGCUGCGCCACCGAGCUCCUCAAUCAAUCAAUAAUUCUUUAUUGAACAAAGACAUAAGUAAAGAACAUGUACGAACGAAUAAACUAAGCACAAUAGGCGGCCUCAUUGCUAAACAGGAAUUUCUGCCAGGCAACCUUAGGGUUAAAGAACUUUGACAGUUGUCCAUAGGCAACUAAAAUUCGUGGUAAUUGCUAUAAAAUGUGGAGCAACGUGGAGUGAAUCCCGUCUGAAGGAUGAGUUACGAAAAAGAAAAAGCAUCAAUUGGAAAAAAGCAGUUUUGGUUGAAAAUAAGUUUCUCUAAGUUGUCUUCUUUCCUAUCUUUAGGGAAUAAAUAUACUUAACACUGUGAUUUUGCAGUUAAACGCUGCGAAAAGGGUUAUAGUGUAAAAAUAUAACCAAAACAAUAAUAUGUGUUUGUUUAGUCAAAUAGUACGGGGAACUGUCAAAAUUUAAGAACACUCAACAGUAGCAACACCGGGGGGGUUAAAACAUCGAAGCAAUUCAUCUAAAAAAGCAAUAUUGCAAUUUGACAUUUGCGAUGUGGCAUUUUUAACCCCCCUGGUGGGAGAAAUAGACAGAUUUAUUCUUAUUCUAUUAUACAUACCAGCAAUUCAAAUAGAUUAUUAAUAUUUAUUUAUUUUUAAAAUACAUUAACACACUAACAUACACACACACACACACACACACAUAUACAUUUUACAUUUUAGUUCUGUGCAAUAAAGUAUAUUUGAUUUGAUUAAAAAUGCGUUUUUUCGUCAAACCUGAAAAUGUUUAUACCAUCAUUUUGUUAUUGCUCAGUUGAUUAUACAGGGUGUUAGUGACAUCGUAACGAAAACUUUGAGGGAUGACUCAGACCAUGAUUCUGAGUUGACAUCAAGUGGAAUUUUCCGUCGCAGAAGUUUGGAACUGCAAUUAAUUUAAAAAAAAUAUGAAUUUUACUGAUAUAAUUUUAUGACUUCACUUACACCCCGUACAGGUACAUACAGGUAGCCAUACAAGUGUGUUUGGGUGUUAGUGACACCGUAACGAAAACUUUGAGGGAUGAUUCAGACCAUGAUUCAGAGUUGAUAUCAAGUGGAAUGCCCAUGAAUUUAUUAGUGUUUUUUUAAAUUAUUUUCAGUUCUAUAAUGCGAUGGAAAAUUCCACUUGAUAUCAACUUAGAAUCAUGGUCUGAAUCAUCCCUCAAAGUUUUCGUUACGAUGUCACUUACACCCUGUAUGUUAAGAUAAGUUUAGAAUCAGAUUAAUUUGGUUGUCAUUACGCGAACAUUCUGUGAUAACUUUGCAAUACUACCUACCUCUUAAGCAAGCCACUGUUUUUCGUAAACCGAUUACGAAGUUCCUGGGUUCAGGUCCCGGUGGGGUCAUGUGAAAAAAACCACUUUGCUUUGCUGUUCUUAGUGAGGUUUCACAGGCUGAAAUCACAUCAUUUUCGAAAAGCAUGUUAAUAUUUUACGAAUAAAAUUAUAUGAGUAUCCUUAUAACUGAACGU